UAUUUAUCAAUAUUUAUUUAUCUGCUCUCCCACCUCCCCUCCCCUCACCUCACCUUUCUUUCCAUUUCCACUCCCUUUCUCUAUCUUUACAAUUCACUAGAGAAAGAAAGCAGGAUGAUGCUCGGAAAACGCUCACGUCAGCCGAUCAAGAGGACGACAAGCAUGACGGGUAUCACCGUCGAUGUCUCCGACGCGGAGGAUGUCGUCGACCAGCACCACCAAGACCCAAUCAUAUCUCAUCUUCCUCCCCCUCAAAUCCACCCUAUGCAUGAAUCCCCCGACGGUACCUCCCUCUACGAUCACCGUUUCUUGGCCAUGGUGUCGCCCAGAAACCCAACUUCUUUCACUAACCGUAUCGUCGACAGUAGCACCACAGACACUGCUUCUUUUUUGCGAGCUUGUUGGCUUUGUAAUCGCCGCUUAGCUCCUGGUCGUGACAUAUAUAUGUAUAGAGGGGAUACAUCGUUUUGUAGUCAAGAGUGCAGAGAAAAACAGAUGAAGCAAGAUGAAAGAAAAGAAAAGCUAAACAUUAAUUCUUCAAAGAAAGAAGACCGCCAUGCCCAUUCCUCUUCAACCACCACCUCCUCCAAGACUUCUAAAGCGAAGCCUGUGGUUGCUGCUUGAACUCUGAAGAAAGUAAAUGGAUGAGUAAUUUCCAUAGGAAUUAAGCCAUAAUCCAAACCCAGCCUGGAAAUCAAUGGGCUUUCGUCAUAUAUAAUAGUGGGUGCAGUUAAAUUAUUAUAAAGACGUGGAUGGUGAUGCAAAUAGCCAAAGCUCUGAGCUUCAGAUGAUAUCAGCGCUUAUAUAUGGAUUCCAAUGUUAUAACUCCUUUUUCCAUA